AUGUUUCUGAAAUGGUGCCAACUUUUGUAUGGAUUGCUGCUGUUGGAAUUGGUGCUGGCCAAUCCUGAGCUGGAUGAGGAUUGUGAGCUCCGUGCAGCUGAUACCAUGCACGACUUUUGUUGUGAUCUGCACGAUGAGACGCCCCAGUUUAGCGCCUGUCAAUUGGAAUGGGGAGAUAAAUUCGACCAUGACACCGAGGAGAAUGAACAGAUCUAUAUGUUUUGUACAGCUGAAUGCACUUACAACAGCACCAAAUUUCUGGCCGCUGAUCGUAAAUCUCUCAAUUUGCGUCGCAUUCGCUUUCAUCUGGAGCACGAUUUGGCCGACGCCGAGGAUGAGGAGCUGCUCUACCAGACCUACGUCAAGUGUGACAAACACGCUUUGGACCAACUGGGUCACAACGGCGUGAAAGCGGUGGCCAAGCGCCUGGCUCCACACGGCUGUCAUCCUUACCCGGGCCUGGUGCUGGAGUGCGUCGCCAACGAGAUGAUAUUGAACUGUCCGCCCAAGCGCUUCCAUAAGACAGCGCAAUGUCGCGUUACUCGCGACUAUCUGCGCCAGUGCAUGCAGUUUCUGAAACACACAUAGAUC